AACGGGAGGGGAGGAAAGGCCCCAGAGCAGUCGGCAGCAGCCCCAUCGGUGGUGGGCUGGGCUGCCAUGCUCCAGCCUCUGCAUGGGGAACGCCAUCAGGGCCCUCGCGGCCUUCAUCCCUGCUGACCGCUGCCAGAACUUCGUGGUCAGAGACCUCCAGGAGAUGCCGCUGGACAAGAUGGUGGAUCUGAGUGGGAGCCAGCUCCGCCGCCUCCCUGUGCACGUGUGCUCCUUCCGGGAGCUGGUCAAGCUCUACCUAAGUGACAACCACCUCAGCAGCCUGCCUCUGGAGCUGGGGCAGCUGCAGAAUCUGCAGAUCCUGGCCUUGGAUUUCAACAACUUCAAGGCUCUGCCCCAGGUGGUGUGUACUCUGAAACAGCUCUGCAUCCUCUACCUGGGCAACAACAAACUCUAUGAUCUCCCCGAUGAACUGAGGCUGCUCCAGAAUCUCCGGACCCUGUGGGUCGAGGCGAACUGCCUCACCCAGCUGCCAGAUGUGGUCUGUGAGCUCAGCCUCCUUAAGACUCUGCAUGCCGGCUCCAAUGCCCUGCGUCUGCUACCAGGCCAGCUCCGGCGCCUCCGGGAGCUGAGGACCAUCUGGCUCUCAGGCAACCAGCUGACCGACUUCCCCCCUGUGCUGCUUCACAUGCCCUUCCUGGAGGUGAUCGAUGUGGACCGGAACAGCAUCCGCUACUUCCCCAGCCUGGCCCACCUGUCAAGUCUGAAGCUGGUCAUCUAUGACCACAAUCCUUGCAGGAACGCACCCAAGGUGGCCAAAGGCGUGCGCCGCGUGGGAAGAUGGGCAGAGGAGACACCAGAGCCUGACCGCAGAAAAGCCAGGCGAUAUGCUUUGGUCGAGGAAAGCCAGGAGGCACAGGCACCUGCCCUGCCUCCUCAGCUUCCUCCUACCAGCUCCUGAGGCGGUAGGUCAAUGCCAAGAACCCAGCAUCUUCUGGAGACCUCUCUAGUAGAGUGCAAGAUUGCUCUGGAACAUUUGGGGUAUAUCUGCCAGCAGGGGUUGAUGAGUCAGAUGAAAUCCCUAAA